GUUCCCUUUUACCGUAAGCCCACACACCUUAUUUAUGAAGAAAUCCGAUUCUGUGAAAGCUCAGGAAAUUCCAUAUCUUGGUUUCAAAAUAUCUCCUCGUUCUCACGAUCCUGUAGGUGAAGACGGUUCGUCGUUUGGACGUCAAACGAACGAAUUAUGAACGAAAUACGAAUUCCGUUAGUACUCAAAGUACCAGGGACUAAAUAGGAAGUUUACCAGUCAACUAAAA